AUGGCAAUUACUUUGCUAUAUUUGGACAAAGGAAUUGUAGCAGACAGGGUUGAAGUUGGAGCAGCAGAUAAGGUUGAAGUUGGAGCAGCAGAUAUAGUUGAAGUUGGAUCAGCAGAUAUAGUUGAAGUUGGAGUAGCAGAUAUAGUUGAAGUUGGAGCAGCAGAUAUAGUUGAAGUUGGAGCAGCAGAUAAGGUUGAAGUGGCAGCAGACAGGGUUGAAGUAGCAGCAGACAGGGUUGAAGUAGCAGCAGACAGGGUUGAAGCUGCAGCAGACAGGGUUGAAGCUGCAGCAGACAGGAUUGAGGUUGCAGCAGACAGGAUUGAGGUUGCAGCAGACAGGUUAGGCCUUGCAGCAGACAGGGUUGAAGCUGUAGCAGACAGGGUUGAAGCUGCAGCAGACAGGGUUGAAGCUGCAGCAGACAGGGUUGAAGCUGCAGCAGACACAUUUGAAGUUUCAACUGGGAUGGCGGUGGAAGAGGCAAUGGAAGAUGUGGCAGAAGAAGAAGCAGAUUGGACCACCACCUCACAUUUUUUUUUAAAAUCAGAAAAAUUAACUCCAAAAUUUCUUUUUUUGUAA